UAUAGGCUGCGAAAAAGUGAGUGUGGCAGAGGAGAUGGAGACAGGAAUUUAACCUGGAUUUGUAGAAGGGAAAUGUGAAACUCAGGGGGGGAGGGCAGUCAUAUGAAUUCAGCAGUACAGGUGGAUAAAAAAGUAAAUUACAGUUGUGGUGCUGCUGAGGAAUAAUAACAAAUCCCUUCUAUUUAUCUCAGCGGUGGUAUUUCUAAUUGACGGCUGGUGAGAUGAGAAAUACAGGGAUCUGUGUGUGCUGACAUAAUCCUCAACUCCCAUUUCUCUCACCAGCAGCAGGUCACCUUGACUUCAACAGAAGUUGAUGUUCUUCCCUCCUCAUGCUCUCCUAAGGGUAAAAAAAAAAAUUAAAAUGGGGAUGAUGACAUUCAUGUCUUCACGCGCACACAGUCGUAGUCAUAGUGUUGAGCUGGAUGAUGAUGAUGAUGAUGAUUGAGCAGGUGAAGGGAUAAUGGCGGCAUGUGCUAACAAAUCAGUGUCAGUGGCUUUUACACAAAGCUAGAGGACAGAUUUAUGACACGUCGGCACAUUUUCUUUGCCCUCCCUCUUGAUUUUAUUAGACCGUCACCAAUAUAUUGGCUUAUAUCGCCUUUUCACAGAUACUGUAUAUCAGUAUUGGGUUUAUAUCAGCUGAUAAGUAACAAACUGCAGUAGCCAAACAUGUUUGAGAUUAGUGCAGUGGUGCCAGAGUGAGUUUCAAACAGGGGUGAGUUUAACUUUGGAUGAUGUAAUACACUAGUAAACUUUGUCAUCAGGGCUGCACAAUUAAUCAAAACAUCAUUGAAAUCUCAAUAUUGCCAAGAGCAGUAUCCAGCAUGUGACAAAACAGCAAUAUGACGAAGUCAGGUAGAACUGCAGAGAUGCCCUGACCUACAAAUCUUGUUCUACAGAUGUAAGAAAACGCGUUUGUUUGGUAUAGACCCCAACAGAUGUCCCAUCAUCAUGAUUUUUAUAUUUUUAUUCCCGUAAAAAUGAAAAUUGUGAUGCUAAAAUGAUCAAUCCCACUAAUGAAUCAUAACAUAUGUCAAUCCUUUGAAUGCCCUCUGUCUCUAGUUUUUUUUUGUUUUUCAUUAUAAUGAAAUGGCUACUAUGGGGAAGAACAUCAUCAUACAUGAAUAUGGUUGUGCUUAUUGAAUCCAUAGGAGUUUGAGCUUUCCAGUAAUACCCAGUUUAUGCAAUUCCAAUAUUGUUUAUGGCUCCCCAGUAUACAGAAAUAGUCAGUAUAACUGCAAAAAACGUCAUGGUUUUUACCCAAAACUGCAUGGGAUUAGCAUAAAGUGGGCAUGUUUGUAAAGUAGAGACUUGUGGGUACCCAUAGAACCCAAUUUCAUUCAGAUAUCUUGAGGUCAGAGGUCAAGGGAUUCCCUUUGAAAAUAGCCAUGCCAGUUUUUCCAUUGCUUUCCAACCUGGCCCCUAUUCCAGCAUCAGUGGUCCCCAUUAGUUUGCCAUAGUUUGUCCACCAGCGAGCAUUAAAUAAUAAUAAUAAUAACUGUAAAAUGUCCCACAGAGGACAUCAUAUCUUUGUCAUGAUUCUUUGAUAAGAUUCUAAAAUCUGUGUGGCUGUGGUACUAAUUACAGCAGCUUUAAUGAACUGUUACCACAUUAAACAGUGUUAAUCUAAAGAGUCAAAUUAGGUGGAAAGGACAGAUGCUUUCUUUAGACUGAGAUACUGUCUGACAGCUGACUCUCUGUGUGUGUGUGUGUGUGUGUGUGUGUGUGUGUGUGUGUGUGUGUGUGUGUGUGUGUGUGUGUGUGUGUGUGUGUGUCAUGUAGGCUGCAUUUGGCACACUUUCAUACCCCAUAUGGUUAUCUGUUCAGUCAACCAUGUUUAGAGUUUCCCAGCUUUGCGAGGGAAUUACACUCAAUCCUCUGAACAUUUAAAUGCAGACACACACACACACACACACACACACACACCCUCUCUCUCUCUCUCUCUGCUGGUUGAACACACAGGUCAGCACAAUAUAGCAGUUCUGCAGCUCUGCACAGUUACGGCGCUGUGAAUCAGUCUGACGUGGCCCUUAAACUGCAGUUUUUAUAGCUCGUGUUGGUGCAUCUAUGAAUCCAUAAACAAUGAUACUGCCACUUUGUGUCUAUAUGUGUGUACUGCACAUACAUUGUUUUAACAGCAUCAGUAAUAAUGAUAUAAAUAAUGAUAUAAUUCUGUGUAGAUGGAUAUGUAGAGCUUGGCACUAACACUGACAGAGUUAUGGAUAUAAUUCUCACCAGGGUCAAACAUGAUAAAAACUGAUCUUCAUCAUACUGUGAUGUGCUUCUGUAGAUAUACUUUUGUCCUGCAAAGGCCUCAGAUUUACAUACAAUUGUGCUUUUUUCGUAUUUAGUGCAGUAGAUGGAGGUAGAUGAGUGACAUUUAUUACAAGACAAAGUCAAAAAGACAACUUCAGUUUCAGAAAGACAUACAAAUUGUUUGAUAAAAUCAACAUUUGAGGUUUUCUAGAUUUAACAAAUAUAUAUUUUUUAAUUAAGUGGAAACUUAUUUUCAGUGUGUUCAUGAACUGAUGCACUCAUAUUCUUCUUCAUAGUCAUUUCCUCCAUAUCUUAAAAAUAGAACAUCACUAAUUCUGAAGCAGCUGGACUGACACACACACACACACACACACACACACACACACACACACACACACACACACACACACACUUCCUUUUAACAUAAUGGUGAAAACUUGCCCAAUCACCCUCCAGUAUUACAGUCAAGCGUGUUGAAGGGCCAUGUCAGACAGAUGCAGCAAGGCAAGCGUGAACAUUGAGACACACACACACACACACACACACACACUCACACACACAGUUGCAACAGGUGCACACAUUCACACAUUGUAAUUCACCUGAUGCAGUAGAACUAAUGUCUUUAACAACACAGGAUAAAGGAAGAAAAAGAGGGUCUAAGUUGGAGAGGUUUGCGAUGCGACAGUAAUUCUCCUGCCUUCCCUUGUGUCUCAUUGAUCAUGUCCCCUGCCCUCCUCUUUCUUUCUGACCCCCCAUGCUUUUCCAGAGAACGCAGAGUAAAUCCCAGAAAUUCCUCUUAUGUCAUAUGUUCUCCCUCCUCUGUCUGUUACCGUCUUCCUGUUGUCCCAUAGAGUAUGAAUGGGACAUAAGUUAUGGUUUUAGGCAGUGCUGAAUGCUCAAAGCCUCCUUGCUCCUCACCAUCCACCCCUCCCUCCCUCCCUCCAUCACUCCCUUCCUCCCUUCCUCCCUUUGCUGCGGUGGCUGCGGUCAUCCUGGUAACAGCCUGCAUCUCUGCUGCUGCUGCCGCCGCCGCCGCCCUCUCUUCACUUGGGUUGAAACAAAACAAGUGAAACUAAUGUUACUUUGCUUUGUUGCACCAUUUCACACGAGGCAUCCUUCAAGGCCACAGCAUCUUGCACAGAUCUUUAUUUAGGCACAUCAAAGCCUCUGUAUACAGAUGCAGUGUUCAUAUACAGUUAAUGCUAUCCUGCUGAUCAUUAUGAUACUUUGAAGAUAAAAGCAACAUAUUGUGAUACAGUCAUGAAUGAAUAAAUAUUGAUUUGAUAGGAAACCACAUAUCUUGGUUGUCUUUUUCUUAUUCUUAAGUCUGCAGUAACAUUAAGUGACACCAUUUUCUCAACUAGUUAUUUAGUUCCUGUCCUGCUGGUCAUCAUAUCCAAAUAAUAAUGAUCAUAUGGGUUUAAAUCAGUAGUGUGGACAGACAGAAAAAUGUAGCCGUCUCUGCUACAUCCUGCUUGUUGCAAUGUGCUUGCAACGUAUUAAGCCUGUAAACAAUUGUUACAAAGCAUAGUGUACAUAAAUAGCCUCAGACUCAGCCUUGAAUUGAGGGCCAAUCUGAAGAGCCAUUACUUCUAUAAUUAGGAAAAUACAACCACUCUACACUUAUUCUUCUCUUCGUUUUUUGCUAAAUCCCUUUUCUACUUCCUGACCAAAUCCUCCCAUAUUUGCAUAAUGUUAAAAAUGUCUAGAAGGGGGUAUAUAGACAUUUGUAACUGUAUGCAAAUAUGGGAGAAUGUGCAUGCCAAUUUCAUGCUGCCUGAAGUGAAGAUAGAAAAAGAUGCUUUUCUUCUGCAUGCAGAGAUGCCCUGCUUUCACUGUGGUGUGCACUGCUCUGAUUUUUGCAGCUUAGUUGAACUUUGACCUCACAUACACAGCGAUUUCAAGAAUCCCCAGAGUUAUGUAAAAACAACUUUUUGGUCCUACCAGGACGUUAGAGAAGAUGUGGAUAGUGGGUGCCUAUUUCAGCAAAUUUACAACAUACAAUUUGCAACAAUUUCCUUGCUUGUUAAUUUGGAUGUUUCACUGAUCAAAUCAAACGCCAUACAAAAAAUUCAGGCUUGAGAAGAGCCCUGUAGGCAAAUGUAUCUGUACUUUGCAAGUGACAGUCAUAUAUGUCAUAUAAGACUUUGGGAUUGGCUUGUAAUCACUGCUCACAAAUCACUUUAGUGAGACAAGCCCCUCGGGUUGUUUAUGUUCCUCUGUACUCUGUAGCAUCCUAUUUAGCUGCUUUGUUUGAUGUUUAACUUCACACUGGAGCAGAGGGGCAUUUAGGCUGACCCGAUGACAUGCUCACCUGCCCCAUCCCCACCCAUAUGCACACCACUGGUAUAAAUGUCAGUUGAAAGCACCUGUAGUUUCAUGUCCAGAAUAUUGUCAUAUUAUUGAUAUUGACACAUUUGAUCAAAUAUAUUUCAGUCUGUUGAUAUUGCCUUCCUCAAAUGUGAUCACUUACUGGACACAACAGUAGUCCUAAACUCUACUUCCAAGCAUCAUUUGUCCUAUAGUAGGCAAACAACUGACAUGUUGCUGUAAUAUAUUCCAUCAUAAUGUUUAAUUAUGUCUCCAAGCACUGCACUGUCUGUCAUGCUGUUGUCUGUGAGCCCUCCAGUUGCCCUACAAAAAGCCCAUUAAGACAGCCUGACACAAGUCAUCUGCAUGCCAUGAUGAAGGCGGCAGCAGCAGCAGCAGCAGCAGUCUGUAGUUGUGUGAGGCAGCUCGAAGCAGAGGGGCGGGGAGGGGGCGCAGCCGGAGCUCACAUCCAUUAACGACCACCGACAAACCGGGAAGCCUCCCUCCGGUAGCAUCGCAGCGUCCACCGACACACGGCCGGGGAAGAUGGUCGCGGUGCAGACGUCCCCCAACUCGUCUCCGUCGGCGGAGUGGAUCUGCUGCCUGGAUAAAAGGCCUUCGGAGCGCUCAGGAGAGGAUGUGGACAUUAUAUUGACCAGACUGAGAGAGGUCAAAGCCUUCCAUAGGUUCCCACCGCCGCUCUUACUGCAGAUCUGUGCCUGUGCCUUCUACGAAUGUCUGGAGAAAGGCAUCACAUUGUUUCGACAGGGGGACAUUGGCACCAGCUGGUACGCUGUCCUGUCUGGCUCUCUGGAUGUGAAAGUGUCAGAAACUGCCAACCAUCAGGAUGCAGUCACUAUCUGUACACUGGGGAUCGGGACAGCGUUCGGGGAGUCCAUCCUGGACAACACGCCACGCCACGCUACCAUUGUCAGCAGAGAGACCAGCGAGCUUCUCCGAAUUGAACAGAGGGAGUUCAAGAGCCUCUGGGAGAAGUAUCGUCAGAGCUUGGCUGGACUGUUGGCCCCUCCUUAUGGAGCUAUGGAGAGUGGAUCCAACAAUGACAGACUCACAGACAAAGACAACAUGAACUCAGACUCUGCAAACAAAGCUCACAACAAGAUUCCUUCAGAGAAGCUGCAGAGAGCGGGGAAGGUUCUCCGCAACGCCAUCCUGUCCAGAGCCCCACACAUGAUUCGAGACAGGAAGUACCACCUAAAGACAUACAGACAAUGCUGUGUUGGCACAGAGCUGGUGGAUUGGUUGGUGCUGCAGAGUGCCUGUGUUCUCACACGGUCCCAUGCUGUCGGGAUGUGGCAGGCACUACUAGAAGAAGGAGUGCUCAACCAUGUGGACCAGGAGCUGGGUUUCCAGGACAAGUACCUGUUCUACCGUUUUCUUGAUGAUGAGGAGGAGGACACGCCGUUGCCUAGCGAGGAGGAGAAGAGGGAGAGUGAGGAAGAGCUGCCAGAGACCAUCCUCUUCCUCGCUCAGAUUGGCCCUGAUGCACUACUACGCAUGAUCCUCAGGAAAUCGCCUGGUCAGAGGACAGGGGAUGACCUAGAGAUCAUCUAUGAUGAGCUGCUUCACAUCAAGGCCUUAGCUCACCUCUCCAACACUGUGAAGAGAGAACUGGCGAGUGUUGUGAUCUUUGAAUCGCAUGCAAAAGCUGGAACCGUGUUGUUCAACCAGGGAGAGGAGGGCACAUCAUGGUACAUCAUCCAGAAGGGCUCUGUCAAUGUGGUGAUCUACGGCAAGGGUGUGGUAUGUACGCUCCAUGAGGGUGAUGACUUUGGCAAGUUGGCCCUGGUUACAGAUUCACCUCGUGCCGCCUCCAUCGUCCUGAGGGAGGACAACUGCCACUUCCUCCGUGUGGACAAGGAAGACUUCAACAGGAUACUCAGGGAUGUGGAGGCCAACACAGUACGUUUGAAAGAGCAUGAACAAGUUGUGCUGGUGUUAGAAAAGAGUCCUCGCGCCUCCACCCUGGGAAGCAUCAAGUAUGUGUACACUGUGAUAUCAGGAACACCAGAGAAGAUUCUUGAGCACUUCCUGGAGACCAUGAGGAUGGACAUACAUCACAGUGAACCAGACCCAGCAGUGGAUGAUUUUGUCCUCAUGCACUGUGUCUUCAUGCCCAGCAGCCAGCUGUGCCCUCUACUCAUGGCACACUACCAUGCGGCAUCUCCACCUGGCUCUGAACAGGAGAGGUUGGAGUACACGGUCAACAGUAAGAGGAGAGUCCUUAUUCUGUCCCUGCGCUGGGCCAACACACACACAUACAUGCUACAGGAGGAGCCUGCUCCAAUCUCGUUCCUAGAGGAGUUGUAUGGGAGUUUAUCAAAUGAUUCUCGGAUGAUGAGAGCUUUGAAAGACUUGGUUCCUGAUCUGGAGAAAGUCGUCAAAUUUCAUUCGGAAGAAGCCAAAUCUGCAAAAAAGAAAACCCUAAUACGACAGUUCAGCAACGGGGAGGAAAGGCUGCAGAAGAAACAGCCCAUUAGGAAUCAAGAUGACGUCCUAUUGAAGGUGUACUGCAGUGACCACACGUACACGACUAUCCGGGUUGCUGUGGUGGCGACGGGAAGAGAAGUGAUCAGCGCUGUGGCCGACAAACUUGGCACCACUGAUGAGCUCCUGUUGGUCAACCUCAGCUCUGCUGGUGAAAAACUAAUCCUGAAGCCAAAUGACGUGUCAGUGUUUUCUGGUCUGAGCAUCAACGGGCGAUUAUUUGCCUGUCCUCGAGACCAACUGAACAGUCUGACUCCUCUUCCAGACCAGGAGGGUCCCUCUGCAGGCUCCAUGUCAACUUUUGAGCUGAUGAGUUCUAAGGACCUGGCUUACCAAAUGACCAUGUUCGACUGGGAGCUCUUCAGCUGUGUCCAUGAGCACGAGCUGCUCUACCACACGUUUGGCCGGCAGAGCUUUAAGAGAACAACGGCCAAUCUGGACCUGUUUCUGCGGAGGUUCAACCAGGUUCAGCUGUGGGUGGUCACUGAGGUCUGCCUCUGCGGGCAGCUCAGCAAGAGAGUCCAGCUCCUCAAGAAGUUCAUCAAGAUAGCUGCACACUGUCGGGAGUUUAAGAACCUGAAUUCAUUCUUUGCCAUCAUCAUGGGGAUGAGCAACCCAGCUGUCAGCAGAUUGAGCCAGACGUGGGAGAAACUCCCCACCAAGUUUAAGAAGUUCUAUGCUGAGUUUGAGAGCAUGAUGGACCCAUCACGAAACCACCGGUCUUACCGACUCACUGUCACCAAACUGGAACCGCCAAUCAUUCCCUUUAUGCCCCUCCUUCUCAAAGAUAUGACAUUUACACACGAGGGCAACAAGACCUUCAUCGACAAUAUGGUCAAUUUUGAGAAAAUGCGUAUUAUAGCUAACACAAUUCGACAAGUGAGGCACUGUAGAAGCCAACCGUUCAAUCCCGACAUAUGCCAACCCAACAAAAAUCAAGCGGAGGUACGGGGGUACGUAAGGAAGCUCUGUGUGAUCGACAACCAGAGGGCGCUGACGCAGCUCUCCUACAGGAUGGAGCCUCGGCGGACAUGAGCUCCAGAUCUUCCACCACCACCGCCUUCUCUGUGACGAUAGCAUAAAAACAAAACCCCACACACAUUACCCGGAUAAAACAACUCAACACAACUGGUCGUACAGUAGCAAAUCACACGGUCAAUGACUUUAGCACUAUUAUGGACUAUUAUGGAUCAAGGACUUAUACUGUGCCAUUAAACGCCUCUUCCUCCUGGACAGAAAGUGUUCAGCUGAUCUCUUGUCGCUGUGUCUCUGAGGGUUUUAACCGUACUAGUUGUUACUGUUUGGGACCUGUUAGAUAGAACUGUAAUGUAUAGAACUGGAAUCAAUAUCCUGCAUGACUGAACUCCAUAGGCUUUUUGUUCUAUACAGUGGAUUUCUAUCGGACUGUCCUGUAAUGUUGUGCUACCCCCAAAUGAGCCCUAGUUUACAAUAUAUUACUGUACCUGCCUGUAAAGCAAACCUUAGUCUCCUGAUGGUCCUACUCAUAGACAGAAAACACAGAAAACCCCAUGAACCGUAGUAACCUAGACUCUGCAUUUUCCCUGUUGAAUAUACAGAUAAAUAUGAAAUCUGAAAGUACUUAUUUACUUCAUAAUGAUUAUAUCCAAGUCUUUGAAAAUCUUUAGGAUUUGAUGGCCUUUAGAUAAAUAUCAGUGUCCCCUAACUAGUCAGACACUUCAAAACUACUAAACAGAGUAUUAGUUGGAUUAAAGCCCUAUUGGUAAUGCAAACAGUGUUCAGAUUUGUCACUGCAGUAUUGCGUUUUAUUUUUGCAUCGAAAGUACAUCUCCUGAAGAAUAUGAAUUAUUCUAGAUGAUGAAGUUGCUCGGUACGAUCUUCUCCGAGGUCAGCCGUAUGAUCAAAAUGUACUCCUUUGAUUUUGAAGCGCUGAUCCUAGACGCAGAAUCUAAAGUCAACUUCUACUUUGAGGGGAAAUCUUCUCAUCUUUACAAGUCGUGAUCAGUCCGUGUAAUUUUAUUUUUAUAUAUGUGGGUGUAGAUUUUGAGUGUGUUCUUGACAAGUGUCAUUAAUUUUCCUUUGAUCUCAGGAGCUUUUGAUGUGAUGGUGUGUGUCGAGAACUGCUGUGAGGCUGGCUUUUCCCCAGAGCAGCCUGUAACUGUACUGUAUGUGUGGUCUGCCUUGUAAAUAAAAAUAGCUAAUUUAACAGUG